AUGUCUUCUCCCGUCGUCAAGCUCAACAGCGGUUAUGAUAUGCCCCUCGUGGGCUUUGGUCUGUGGAAAGUCAACAACGAGACUUGCGCAGACCAGGUCUACGCAGCCAUCAAGGCUGGCUAUCGUCUUUUUGACGGCGCUUGCGACUACGGAAAUGAAAAGGAAGUCGGCCAGGGUAUCGCCCGCGCUCUCAAAGACGGCCUCGUCAAGCGCGAAGAACUAUUCGUCGUCUCCAAGCUCUGGAACACCUUCCACGACGGCGACAAAGUCGAGCCCAUUGCUCGCAAGCAACUCGAAGACCUUGGACUUGAAUACUUUGAUCUCUUUCUGAUCCACUUCCCCGUCGCACUCAAAUGGGUUGACCCUGCUGAGCGUUACCCUCCCGGCUGGGCCGGCGCAGACGGCAAAAUCACAUUCAGCAAUGCCACUAUCCAAGAAACAUGGCAAGCCAUGGAGUCGCUGGUCGACAAGAAACUUGCGCGCAGCAUUGGCAUUAGCAACUUCAGCGCUCAGCUGAUUAUGGACCUCUUGCGCCACGCUCGCAUUCGUCCUGCCACCCUUCAGAUUGAGCACCACCCCUACCUCCAGCAGAAGAAACUCAUCAAAUACGUCCAGAACGAGGGCAUCGUCAUCACCGCAUACUCCUCUUUCGGUCCCUUGAGUUUCAUUGAAUUGAACAUGGACAGCGCCCACAACACACCCACCUUGUUCGAGCACAACGUUAUCACGUCCGCAGCUAACAAACACGGCAAGUCCGCUGCACAGGUUUUGCUUCGAUGGGCUACCCAGCGAAACAUUGCCGUCAUUCCCAAGAGUAAUGACCCUACCCGUCUCGCCCAGAAUCUGGAGGUCACCGGAUGGAAUCUGGAGGAGUCCGAGAUUGAGGCUAUUAAUGGCUUGGAUUUGGGAUUGAGGUUCAAUGAUCCUCUUAACUAUGGAUUCUACAUUCCUAUUUUCGCAUAG